AUGUCAAAUCCUCAACAAUCGGGUGCUCUACCUAGUGCCACGGUUACAAAUCCUAAAGACCAUACUAAUGUGAGUGCUAUAAGCACUAGAAGUGGUAAAGCCAAAGAAGUUGUGGAGGAACAGGCUGAAGAAGAAGAGCCAUUGCUUGAAGUUGAUGUGGAAAUAAAGGAAAAUGAGGUAGAAGCUGAAGAUGUGGUGAUAUUAGAACCGGUGACGAAAGGGAAGAUUAUUGAGCCAAAACCGACCGUUAAACUUCCUUUUCCCACUAGAAAUAAAAAGAAGGGGCAGCAUGAGAAGAAUUUUGAAAAAUUCUUGGAGAUGUUCAAGAAACUUGAAUUGAAUAUCCCAUUCCUAGAGGCGUUGGAGCAAAUGUCUACCUAUGCCAAGUUCAUGAAGGAUAUUAUAUCCAAGAAAAGGACCAUCGAUCAUGAUCCGAUUAUUCUAACCGAAACUUGUAGUGCUAUUUUGCAGGGUAUGAAAAUUCCGGUGAAAAAGAAGGAUCGAGGUUUUGUGACUAUUCCUUGUACCAUUGGGGAUAGAUCUUUCAAGAAAGCCCUUAUUGAUUUGGGGGCAAGUGUGAGUCUUAUGCCGCUGUCCAUUUACAAGAGAUUGGGGAUAGGUAAAGUGCAAGAUACAAGAAUGACACUCCAAUUUGCUGACCAUUCUGUGAAGAGACCCUACGGGAUAGUAGAAGAUGUGCUUGUUAAAAUUGACAAAUUUGUGUUUCCGGUGGACUUUAUAUAUGCAAAUGAAAAGUCCUUGGAAACACAACAAUUACCUUUGAACAAAGUGUUGAGUUUAUCAAUUUUUGAUGAGGAGGACGCGGUUGAUGAAAAAGAGGUCGAAGUGGUAGCCAUGAUGGAAGCAACACCAAUCUUUAAAAGCUCUCGACCAAACCUAUGGGAAGAUCUUAGGCAACCAUUGGUGGAGGAAAAGAAAGAUGAACCGAAGAAAGGGGCUGAAUUGAAACAACUGCCGGAAAACUUGAAGUAUGUCUUUUUAGACACCGAAAGUAGGUGUCCGACGAUCAUAAGUUCCCGCCUUGAAAGUCUUCAAGAGAAUAGGCUCGUGGAAGUGCUGAAAAAGCAUAAAGGUGCUAUGGGAUGGUCUAUUUAA